CAGCCCCCACCCACGUCCCCAUCUCUGCCCCCACUCUGGUCCCGCUCUCUGUCCCUGUCACCUCACCCGUACCACAGGGCCGGAAGCCACAGUGUCAGAGUGUCACAGUGUCACAGUGUCACGGGUGACGCAGGGCUAGGAGGCUUUGGGGACAGUGGCGCUUUGGGGACAGGGACAGCGUGGGGACUGAGACCCCCCCGGGGACACGGCCCCUCGGAGGGGGGGGCUGGGCUGGCCCCGCAGGGGGGAUGUGGCAGCUCAGGGUCCUCAUCCCCCUCCUUGGAGCGGGCGCCCUGCGGGUGACCCAGGAGCCGGGCGAGCUGCAGGUGACAGCGGGUGACACGGUGGCCCUGGCGUGCCAGGUGGAGGUGGCCGAGGGGGGGGCCCUGCUGCGGAUGGAGUGGGUGAGGGGCGGGGGGCUCGGGGUGCUCUGCGCCACCCGCCUGCGCUUUGGCACCCCGCUGUCCCCGUUCCCCUGUCCCUGCCGUGCCCGGGGGGCGCAGCUGGCCUGGCACCCCCCCCGGGCCACCCUCAGCCUCCCGCAGGUGCGGGGCAACGACAGCGGCAGCUACGUCUGCAGGGUGACCCUCGAGAUCCCCCGGCACGGCACCGCCACCGGCAACGGCACCGAGCUCCGCGUCACCCCCGCAGCUCUCGGAGGACAUCAGGCAGCGCUGCUCUGGCCGCUCCUGGGGGGCCUGGGGGGCACCGCCCUUCUCCUGGGGACGGCCGUGCUCGGCCACCGCUGCUGUCACAGGAGCCCAGGCGCUGCCCACCCCGACACGGCCAUCUACCUGAACGUGGUGUCCCCGUCGGCCACCGCAAAGCCGCCCCCCCCCGAGCCGAAGGUGUGCCGGUACCAGCCGGAGCUGCGGCGGGCGCGGGGCCCCCCCUGCCCCCCCGGCCCUGAGGGUGCCCGCUGUGCCUCACACCCUCCCCCAGCUCUGCCUUCCUCAGGAAAUCCCCCAAAAAAAGGUGUUUGGCAGCAUCCUGUCUGUCACCCGGCUCCGCGUCCUCUGUGUCCCCCCCGCCCCCCCCCCCGUGCCAUCCUGUGCCCCGCGCGUGGGCAGCUCGUUGUCACCGUGCCAGAGGGGUGA